UAUUCUCUAAUUUUACUAAUUAUCCAAAGUGGCAGAUGGGCUGGCUUCGAAGUCCUCGUCAAUACUUCACCCAACAAAGAGUCGAAAGGGCUCUUUGUUACUCUUUUUUGCGCAUUCAAAAAUAUCUCCUAUUUCAUUUCUUAAUUCUCAAUUCUCAGAAAUCAAGUGUUUUGCCUGCCUUUGAGCUCCUUUUGCUACAGAUCGUAAGGUAAUCAUGGCUUCUCAGGAGCAUCUGGACAAGAUGCAGCUCCGCCAGAAUUACCGGAAUCUCUGGCACACUGAUCUCGUGAGAGCCAUCCAAGCUGACACCCCUUAUUGCUGCUUUUCUUUUUGGUGUGGGCCAUGUGUAUCAUAUUUGCUCCGCAAACGAGCUCUUUACAAUGACAUGUCAAGAUAUGUCUGUUGUGCUGGCUAUAUGCCUUGUAGUGGCAGAUGUGGCGAAAGCAAGUGCCCAGAGCUUUGCCUUGCUACAGAGGUAUUCUGCUGCUUUGGAAACUCAGUGGCCUCUACCCGCUUUCUUUUGCAAGAUGAAUUCAACAUUCAGACAACGCAAUGUGAUAAUUGCAUUAUUGGUUUUAUGUUCUGUCUCCAACAAGUUGCUUGCAUAUUCUCAAUUGUUGCAAUGAUUGUCGGCAGUGAGGAAAUUCAAGAGGCUUCUCAAUUACUUUCAUGUUUGGCUGAUAUGGUUUAUUGCACGGUUUGUGCCUGCAUGCAGACACAACACAAGAUUGAAAUGGACAAACGAGAUGGCAAAUUUGGGCCACAGCCAGUGAUGGCAGUGCCACCUGUUCAGCAGAUGUCACGCAUUGAUCAGCCCUUUCCUCCCUCUGUUGGAUAUCCGCCGCAACAAGCAUACGGACAGCCCUAUGGUUAUCCACCUCCUCAGGCUCAAGGCUAUCCUCCAUCCAGUUACCCACCACCUGGAUAUCCACCUUCUGGCUAUUCAAGGUGAUCUGUUUAUUUGAUGAAUAUUGGCGUGUGAAGACAGAAAGAACAUUUUACAGUGGUCGGAGUCGAUGAACUUCUAAUUUGUGACUUGUUUUUUGAGUGAGAUAAUAGUGGAACUGAUACCAUUUUGUCUAUUUUAGCCUUGUUGAGUAAUUAAUUGAAGGUGUUUAUACCAGUAAAAAACUAUGUGGAUUUGAGUUCUUUCCUGUGCAUUAAGAAAUGUAUAAAAAUUGAAAACAUAACUUAUUUUCCAUGUUUUAA